UCGCGGGGCGGCGGGGCCGGAGGCGGCGCGCCCGGAGCGGGCUGGGGGCAGCGGGAGCCCGCCGCCGAGCUCCGGGGAGCGAGGGCCCGCCCGGGCCGAGGUCGGGUCACAGCUGCGGGGGGGGAGCGGGGCCGGGGGCGGGCAUGCAGGGACCCUCGGCAGGCGGCGGCUCCCCGGAGCGGGAGGCGGGGGCCGGCGAGCGGCCGCGGGGGCCGGGCCGGGGCAGGAGGGUCCGGUUCCGCAUGCCACACACCACCAUCGCGGUGCCGUCGGGCCGCGAGGAGGAGCAGCUCUUCUACCGGCGGCUGGACGGACUCGCGGCGCUGGGCCCCGCCGGUUUCACGCCGCUCUUCGCCGCCGAGGGCUGGAGCGACCUGACGGAGGACCGGCUGCUGCGGAAGCGCGUGGUGCGGGACGGGCAGGGCGGCCCGCCGCCGCGGCCGGGCCAGGAGGUGUCGGUGAAGGUGCUGGGGGCCCUGGAGGACGGCGGCCUGGUGGAGCGGGACCCGCGGCUCAGCUUCGUGCCGGGCCAGGGCGACGUCGUGCAGGCGCUGGAGCUGGGCGUCCCCACCAUGCAGCCCGGAGAGGUCUCCUUCUUCCUCGCAGCCUUCCCCUACGGCUACGGCCGCGCGGGCAGGUGGGGCCGGGGGCGGGGGGCGGCGCGGCCGGGCGGCGCAGGGGGCAGCCGGCGCUGUGCCCGCAGGGAGCCCGACGUGCCGCCCGAGGCGCCGCUGCUCUUCGAGGUGACGCUGCUGGAGGUGCGCGACAGCCCCGACCCGGGGCGGCUGCCGCCCGCCGCCCGCCUCCGCCUGGGCGCGCAGAAGCGGGAGCGGGGAAACGUCCACUUCGCGCGGGGCGACUUCGCGGCGGCGCUGCGCUCCUACCGGCUGGCGCUGCGGGCCCUCGACGGCGCCGCCCCGGCCGGGCCGCAGGAGGAAGAGGAGCUGCGGGAGCAGCGCGUCAAGUGCCUCAACAACUGCGCCGCGGCGGCGCGGCGGCUGCAGCGCGGCGGGGAGGCGCUGGCGGCCUGCGAGGCGGCGCUGCGCAUCAGCCCGGACAACGGCAAGGCGCUGCUCCGGCGGGGCCAGCUGCUGGCGGAGCAGGGCCGCGACGAGGAGGCCGCGCUCGUCCUGCGGAGAGCGCUAGAGCUGGACCCGGCCAGCAAGGUGCGGGCGCCGGGCGGGGGGGGCCGCGGCGGGGCCGUCCCCGCGCCGCCCCGCUGCAGCCCGGCCGCCUCUCCCCCCGCAGGCCGUGCACGCCGAGCUCUCCCGCCUGGUGAAGCGCCGCGCCCGGCCCGCCGCCCCCGAGGAGCGCCGCGACCGCCCGCGGAGCCCCGGGUGCGUCGGCGGGGCCGUGCCCGGCCCGGUCACUGCGCGGCCGCCCCGCGCCGCCGGGCCCCGCUCACGGCCGGCUCUGCCCGCAGGGCGCCGCAGGAGGGCGCGGCCUGAGCGGCCCCGGCCCCGCCCCGCGGGACGGCGGAGGGGCGGUGGCAGCGGCGGACCGGAGUGGGGACUGGACCCGGCCCGCGCCUCGCCGCUCCGCGAGGGGGCGGGGCUCUGCCAGGCCCCGCCCUCCCGGGCAGUGGGCGCG